GGCAGUGGCUGGAGUCUGAGCUGGUGUGGGGUUGGGGCGCCUCCUGUGUGUGAGUGGGGUGCUGCCCUUCCUGCUUCGGAGGGGCCAGCUGGAGCCCUUGGGGAGUCCAGCGGAAGGAGUGGGGAGCCGGUCCGUGUCUGACACUGGGGUGAGUAAGACGAUGAAGCAGUAGAGAUGCUUCCCUUCCUGUUUGCCACCCUGGGCUCAGCAGGAGCCACCUGCAAGGUCGCCGACUGUAACAGCACCAAGGAUUACUGCUACAGUGCCCGCAUCCGCAGCACUGUGCUGCAGGGCUUGCCCUUUGGGGGAGUGCCCACCGUUCUAGCCCUUGACUUCAUGUGCUUUCUGGCACUGUUGUUUGUCUUCUCGAUCUUGCGUAAAGUAGCCUGGGACUAUGGACGUCUGGCCCUGGUGACUGAUGCUGACAGGCGGCGGCGCUGGCAGAUGGAGCGAGAGGAGCGGGAAUACGUAGCAUCCGCUCUGCACUCCGACAGCCAUGACCGCUAUGAGCGCCUCACCUCUGUCUCCAGCUCCGUGGACUUCGACCAGAGGGACAACGGCUUCUGCUCCUGGCUGACAGCCAUCUUCAGGAUAAAGGACGAUGAGAUCCGGGAUAAGUGCGGGGCCGACGCAGUCCAUUAUCUCUCCUUCCAGCGGCACAUCAUAGGGCUGCUGGUGGCUGUGGGCGUGCUCUCCGUGGGCAUCGUGCUGCCCGUGAACUUCUCAGGGGACCUGCUAGAGAACAACCCCUACAGCUUUGGGAGAACAACGAUAGCUAACCUGAAUUCUGGAAAUAACCUGCUGUGGUUGCACACGUCCUUUGCCUUCCUGUACUUGUUGCUGACGGUGUAUAGCAUGCGUCGGCACACCUCCAAGAUGCGCUACAAAGAGGAUGACUUGGUAAAGCGAACUCUGUUCAUUAACGGGAUCUCAAAAUAUGCUGAGUCGGAGAAGAUCAAGAAGCAUUUUGAGGAGGCAUAUUCCAACUGCACUGUGCUGGAGGCGCGGCCCUGCUACAACGUGGCCAGGCUGAUGUUCCUUGAUACAGAAAGGAAAAAAGCAGAACGUGGGAAAAUCUAUUUCACCAACCUGAAGACCAAGGAGAACGCCUCGUCGAUGAUCAACCCCAAGCCCUGUGGCCACCUGUGCUGCUGUGUCAUCAAGGGCUGUGAGGAGGUGGAGGCCAUCGAGUAUUACACCAAGCUGGAGGAGAAGCUGAAGGAUGACUACAAGCGGGAGAAGGAGAAGGUGAACGAGAAGCCUCUGGGGAUGGCCUUCGUCACCUUCCACAACGAGACCAUUACAGCCAUAAUCCUUAAAGACUUCAAUGUGUGCAAGUGCCAGGGUUGCGUGUGCCACGGGGAGCCCCGGGCCUCUUCCUGCAGCGAGUCCCUUCAUAUCUCCAACUGGACCGUCACCUACGCCCCCGACCCACAGAACAUUUACUGGGAACACCUCUCCAUCCGGGGUUUCAUCUGGUGGAUCCGCUGCCUGGUUAUCAACGUCGUCCUCUUCCUCCUCCUCUUCUUCCUAACCACUCCCGCCAUCAUCAUCACCACCAUGGAUAAGUUCAACGUCACCAAGCCCGUGGAGUAUCUGAAUAACCCCAUCAUCACCCAGUUCUUCCCCACCCUACUGUUGUGGUGCUUCUCUGCUCUGCUGCCAACCAUCGUGUAUUACUCCGCCUUCUUUGAAGCUCACUGGACCAGGUCUGGAGAGAACAGGACUACCAUGCAUAAGUGCUACACCUUCCUCAUCUUCAUGGUCUUGCUGCUGCCUUCGCUGGGCCUGAGCAGUCUGGAUGUGUUUUUCCGCUGGCUGUUUGACAAAAAAUUCUUGGCUGAGGCCGCAGUGCGAUUUGAGUGCGUCUUCUUGCCUGAUAACGGGGCCUUUUUUGUGAACUACGUCAUUGCCUCCGCCUUCAUUGGGAACGCCAUGGACCUACUGCGCAUCCCUGGCCUGCUCAUGUACAUGAUCCGCCUCUGCCUGGCCCGCUCAGCCGCUGAGCGGAGGAACGUUAAGCGGCACCAAGCGUAUGAAUUCCAGUUUGGCGCCGCCUAUGCCUGGAUGAUGUGCGUCUUCACCGUGGUCAUGACCUACAGCAUCACCUGCCCCAUCAUCGUCCCCUUUGGGCUGAUGUACAUGCUACUCAAGCACCUGGUUGACAGGUACAACCUGUACUACGCUUACCUGCCAGCUAAGCUGGACAAGAAGAUCCAUUCGGGGGCCGUGAACCAGGUGGUGGCAGCCCCCAUUCUCUGCCUCUUCUGGCUCCUCUUCUUCUCCACCAUGCGCACAGGGUUCCUGGCCCCCACCUCCAUGUUCACCUUUGUGGUUCUUGUGAUCACCAUUGUGAUCUGCCUGUGUCACGUCUGCUUCGGACACUUCAAAUACCUCAGUGCUCACAACUACAAGAUUGACCACACGGAGGUGGACGCCGUGGACGGGAGAGUGAACGGGCAACCUGCCGCCGUGCCGCCAGCUCCCAAAUCCGCUCAAAAGUACAUUGCCCAAGUGCUGCAGGAUUCCUCUCCAGAGGGUGAUGCGGCCGAGUCCGAGGAGCAGGGGUCCCAGGAUGAAGAGCUCAUCAACUCGGAUGGCAUGAAUGACACGGAUUUCCAGUCGUGUGAGGACAGCCUGAUAGAGAACGAGAUCCACCAGUAGCGACCCCAGAGGGCAGGAGGGGCAGGGCGGUCCCGGGAGCUGGGGCGGCCGCUGCAAACAGAGAGGGAACCAAAUGAAGCAGGGAGCGUGGCAAGGAGGAUGCCAGCCCCUACCCCCUCCCACCUGCCCGGGCCGCUGCCCUAACGCACAUUCCAAGGGUGGGAAGGGGCCGUGCAUCAAAUUCUCCAUUCCCUGCUUCCGCCCCUGCCCCGCUCCCUCUCACUCCUGUCUGGGUGGGUGAGAAGGGACCUGCUCUUACUAGUUAUCUUCUCUAACACCUACUGAGACAACGAGACCCUGGGAAGGAAAAGGAGAAGGAAGAUGACUUUGACCCUUGCUGCUCCCAUUCUGGGGGGAAGAGGACCCAGGGACAGCAGAAGCCUGGAUGCUUUGAGGCAGCAAAUGUUGGGGGGAAUCUCCGGUCUCCAAUGACCUCCUCUGUGCCCCCCACAUCUGGAAUCUUGAACACUAAUAAUUUAUUAGAUUUAAAAGAAGAAAAGCUUUAAUCAAGGUAUUGCAACCCCAGCUAGUAGCGGGCGGCUGGGAGUCCGGCAGCCAGCACUGGUCCUAGCUACAGGAGGAGCAGUGCCCUUGCGCUGCGCUGCCCUUUGCCCCGUGGCUGUGUCACGCACACGCAUGUGCAUUGGUGUGUGAGUGCCCUUCCCCAGCCCCUGGCUCUGUGGGACGUGAGGACCACGGUCUGGUUUGGGGGAAGUGUAACAAUCUGGGCCUGCUCCUGCUCUUCCCCCCACGCAGCCCAAUGCUGGUAGCAGCACCUAGCUGAGUUCGGGGAGCGGGUGUCGCCCAGUGAAAACUGCGCUGGCUCAGCAAUGGCUGGAGAGCACAUCCAGGUGGCAAGGAUAGUGGGAGGACCCCUCGCAGGGCGAGGGGAGUGUAAGGGCUAGCAUGGGCACGUAUUCUAUCCAGCCCACACGGCCUUUUCACGUCUGUGGUAGCUGGUGCCCAGCCAGGCCGUGGUGGGAGCUCACCAUGGGACAUGUGGCAUUGUUUUAAGUGGCGUUAUUUUGUACAUUUUACCCCCCCCCCUU